AUGUCUGCUCCCGCCCACAAGUUCAAGGUCGCCGACCUGUCCCUGGCCGCCUUUGGCCGCAGGGAGAUUGAACUCGCCGAGAACGAGAUGCCCGGUCUGGUGGCCAUCCGCCAGAAGUAUGCCGCCGACCAGCCUUUGGCCGGUGCCCGCAUUGCUGGCUGCCUGCACAUGACCAUCCAGACCGCCGUCCUCAUUGAGACGCUCGUUGCUCUGGGUGCCGAGGUCACCUGGACCAGCUGCAACAUCUUCAGCACCCAGGACCACGCCGCUGCCGCCAUUGCCGCCGCCGGUGUCCCUGUCUUUGCCUGGAAGGGCGAGACCGAGGAGGAGUACAACUGGUGUCUCGAGCAGCAGCUCAGCGCCUUCAAGGACGGCAAGAAGCUAAACCUGAUCCUCGACGAUGGCGGCGACCUGACCUCGCUCGUCCACUCCAAGUACCCCGAGCAGCUCAAGGACUGCUUCGGUGUCUCUGAGGAGACCACCACCGGUGUCCACCACCUGUACCGCAUGCUCAAGGAGGGCAAGCUGCUGGUCCCCGCCAUCAACGUCAACGACAGCGUUACCAAGUCCAAGUUCGACAACCUGUACGGCUGCCGCGAGUCCCUGAUUGACGGCAUCAAGCGUGCCACCGAUGUCAUGAUUGCUGGCAAGGUUGCUGUUGUUGCUGGAUUCGGAGAUGUCGGCAAGGGCUGUGCCCAGGCUCUCCACGGCAUGGGUGCUCGCGUCCUCGUCACCGAGAUUGACCCCAUCAACGCUCUCCAGGCUGCCAUGGCCGGCUACCAGGUCACCACCAUGGAGAAGGCUGCCUCCAUUGGCCAGAUCUUCGUCACCACCACCGGCUGCCGUGACAUCCUGACUGGCGCUCACUUCGAGGCCAUGCCCAACGACGCCAUUGUCUGCAACAUUGGCCACUUCGACAUUGAGAUUGACGUUGCUUGGCUCAAGGCCAACGCCAAGUCUGUCCAGAACAUCAAGCCCCAGGUCGACCGAUUCACCAUGGCCAGCGGCCGCCACAUCAUCCUCCUGGCUGAGGGUCGUCUGGUCAACCUUGGCUGUGCUACCGGCCACUCUUCCUUUGUCAUGUCCUGCUCCUUCUCCAACCAGGUCCUUGCUCAGAUUGCUCUGUACAAGGCCGCCGACAAGGCCUGGGCCGAGAAGUACGUUGAGUUUGGCAAGACCGGCAAGCUCGAAGUCGGCGUCUUUGUCCUCCCCAAGGUCCUGGACGAGGAGGUCGCCAAGCUGCACCUGGCUCACGUCCAGGCUGAGCUGACCACUCUCACCGAUGUGCAGGCUGAGUACCUCGGUCUUACUGUCGAGGGUCCUUACAAGGCCGAGAUCUACCGCUACUAA